UCCAUUCUAUACCACUCAUUGCCUCACAUGCUCCCGCUUCGGACGCCCAUGCCCACGUCAUUGUCUUUGUCGUAUCGGAAAGUAGGAAACCAUGGCACCGAAAACUAACGGCCGUGUCGUCCAGGUUGAGGACACCAAGAUCUGCGUUGUUAUGGUUGGUUUACCUGCACGAGGGAAGAGCUACAUAGCACAAAAAGCCCAGCGCUACCUUCAAUGGCUCUCGGUCGACGCCAAGACCUUCAAUGUCGGCAACUACCGGCGUCACGAUGCCCCCCAACCACCAGCUGACUUCUUCGAUACGAGCAAUGCUGAAGGCGAACGGAGACGUCGAGUUGCCGCUGAGGCGGCUAUAUCCGAUAUGCUGGGUUGGUUUCGCCAGGGCGGUGUGAUUGGAAUUCUCGAUGCUACCAACUCAACCAAAGAGCGACGAAAAUGGGUUUACGACACAUGCACACGCGAGGGAAUUGAAGUGCUGUUUGUCGAGUCCAAAUGCGAUGACGAGAACCUCAUCAUGGGCAAUAUUCGAGAUGUCAAAACCACUAGUCCUGACUACAAAGGCCAGGAUCCGGAAAAAGCAGCCUUGGAUUUUCGUAACCGGAUAAAGAAUUAUGAAAAGGUGUACAAAUCGAUCGACGCCGACGGUGACGAGAAUCAAUACACCUACCUCAAGAUUAUGGACGUCGGUUCCCAAGUCAUAAUCAACCGUAUUCAAGACUACCUACAAAGCCGGGUAGUCUACUACCUUAUGAACCUUCAUAUUCGGCCGAGGUCGGUAUGGCUUUCGAGACAUGGCGAAUCUCUGUACAACCUCUAUGGACGAAUCGGGGGCGACGCGGAGCUGUCCCCACGAGGACAUCAAUACGCUAAGAAAUUACCUGAGUUGGUUCGUCAAUCUGUUGGUGAUGACCGACCCCUAACGGUGUGGACCUCGACCCUCAAACGUACGAUACAGACGGCCCGUUUCCUACCCGAGAACUACAACCAGCUGCAAUGGAAGGCUUUGGACGAACUUGAUGCGGGUGUUUGCGACGGCAUGACAUACCAGGAGAUCAAAGACGUUUAUCCAGAGGACUUCGUGGCACGUGAUGAGGACAAGUACAAUUACCGCUACCGUGGUGGUGAGUCUUACCGCGAUGUUGUUAUUCGACUCGAACCCAUUAUCAUGGAACUCGAGCGGUCCGAGGAUAUUCUCAUCGUCACCCACCAGGCCAUCCUCCGAUGCAUAUAUGCGUAUUUCAUGAAGAAGGACCAGUCCCGCAGCCCCUGGAUGAAUGUCCCGCUCCACUGCUUGAUCAAGCUCACUCCACGUGCAUACGGUACCGACGAAGAGAGAUAUCAAGCCGAUAUUCCUGCCGUCAGCACGUGGCGCGGCAAGGGUAGCACUGCGAAACACGAGGAUCCCGUGCCGGAGGCGAACCUCGGAUUUUCUCCUACAGCAGCCGUUCAUUAAGCACCUACCGAAAUACCUUAAGUAUUCUAGGUGCUUGGGCCCGAAGGCCUUCUAAUACUUCGGCAGAGACAGAAGUGGUGCGAUGUAACGCUAUGCACGAGUUAUGAAUCCAGGGGAAGGGCACGUCAACAAUUAGCAAUUUAGACAUUGCAAUGGGCUAAUUCAAGGCGCAUGAAUGGGAACUAUACACGUAACCGUAACGGUGUGUUUUAACAGCCGGCUUUGUGGAUAAAAGAAAUUCACCGCAUAUUAAUAUAGAGUGGGGGGUCGGACUCCUCGCAUGAAAAUUAACCGUGACGAGUUUAUGUAUAUCUAUUCCAAGGAUACCUUGCCGGAUCGAUGACUACGAUUCAUGAUCACGUUAAAUUAUGUUUUUUAUUUGCAAUGACCGACGUAUUGUGUUAGAUAUGAGAGGCACGUCGCUUCAAAAUCUCUACUAAAAAGUGAAUGGCAUGGACAAUGAGUUAAAAGUGAGAUACGAUUAUUUAAGGGGACUAGACUAGACUAGACCGAAGCAUGUCGAAUAC